AUGGCAACUGCUAUCGUUCCAGUGUUCUCAGUGGCCCUACUAGCUCAUGCUGUGUACCAGUAUCAACAUGAUAUUAACUGGUGGAUGUACGUUCCUGCGUACGGAUUGGCCGGAAUCCUCUGCAUAUUCCCCUCACCAUCUCUAUCUCUUUGGCGAGGUUUGUCAUCAGUCGCUGUCAUCGGUGGAGGUCUUCUGAUGUUGUUUCUCACAUGGACAUUUCAUGGACUAGAAGGAAGUCCAGGUUUGGAGUUGAGCGAGGCCAAGAAUUUGUUGCCGAUUGCGAUAGGAGUUGCAAUUACUACUGGAACCCGUUUAUCACUAGAUACAAAUCAAAGAAUACUGCACUACAUCAGAUCUCUAAUCUUAGUCACGUUGUUCAUACUUAGUUCUUUCAUCAGUGUAUAUUCUAUCAAGUAUUAUUUAAUGUAA